AUGGACGGUUACCUGCUCAUGCUGACUCGUCCAACAAUCGUCGUUUAUUCGGUGAGCAUUGCCCAUUUACGCAUCGUUGAAAUGGCAGAAGCAUUCCCUGGUGACCCUGAAAAAAGGUAUGAGUUCGACGCGCCUUCGCACGUCGACUUCAAUCAAUUGGACAACGAGACAUGUGACAAUACAUGGUUCGAUCGACGGGCCAUUGUUGAUCAAGCACUCGAAACUCCCAAACGGCUAGCCACCGAGGGCCCAACGAGGAUCGUAAAAGAAGCGGCUCAGCAUGCCAUUGAUCCUCAACAGCCAGUCACUGUGGGUCCAAUAAGGGUUUUAAAAGAGGCCGUUUCUACUGCAGCUGACUCCAAAGAAGCUUCUGACAGUGGUGCAAGACCAAAAAUAAGCAGCGAUCAACCACGCAGAGUUUCAAAGCGUUUGGCGCAAAGUCGUUAUCGCCCAUAUUCCAAAAAGUCCAACAAUGCCAAGGAGACAAGCGAAUAUGUCAAAAAUGAAGAGGACCAGAAUUCUGAUGGAGAACCUCAGUUGACUUCAUUAAAGGGCUUCCAUCAAGAACCCUCCAAAACGACAUGUGUGCCAGAAGGUGGCAGUGUUACCAAACCUGGGAAGCGUUUGCAAAGCAAAAAGAAGACUGCAAUCGAAGACACAUAUCUGCCGGUGGCCCAACAUAUAAUGCAGUUACAGAAGCGAACUCCUCAACGCUUCCAUAAGCUGAGUCUCCAGGAAAGAGCCAAAGGACCGCCCAAAGGAAAAUCCCAACGACUGAGACUGACUCGGCCUCAAUCACCAAAGUUUGCUACAAGAUUGAGAAGCAGAGCUCCUGUGGUUAAGAGCAGUGCUCAAAUAGAAGCUGAAGAGGAAGAGGCGCGCAACAAGUCAAAUUUCAAGGCCCAAGAGCUGAACAAACACAUUUUGGAGAGAAGAGAACCAGUGAAAAAGCCUGCGGCGAAGGAGCCCACCAUACAAGAGGCUUUUACCAUGCAUAUUGAAAAGAGAAUCCGGCAGAGGGCUGCAAGCAAACCCAAAGACGAGUCAGAAUUCACAUUCAAGGCUAACGAACUCUCAAAAAAGAUCCUGGAAGGAGUUGUGGGAGUGCCCGAAAAGAAAGUGAAAGACUUAACUGUGGCUCAGUCACCAGCAUUCAAGCUCCCCAAGAAAGCUCGUGUGGAAGUGAAAGCUGAAGAAGUAAAACCUCGUUCGUUAAUCAAGCAUACUCCAGUUCCUCAAUUUGGCACACCAUUCCAGCCCAUGCUCCAAGAGAAGCGACAAACUGAAGUGUGUCCUUUCUCAUUUGAGCAAAGGGAGCAAGAGAAAAGGAAACUUAAAGACAUCAGGGAGCGAGAUGAGGAAGAGGUUCCAGUGUUCAAGGCUAAGCCACUGCCACACUUUGAGACAGUCAAUCUCCCUGAAAAGAAGAAGCUGGAGCCCACGAAGCCUGAGCCCUUCAGGCUUAUUGUAGAUGAACGUGGCGCAGCCAAGAAUGAACGCUGGGAGCAAAUGGUUAAAGAGGACCAGAAAAAAAUGAAGGAGGUUUCCACAUUCAAAGCCAGACCAAAUAAAGUCACCCAAAAAGACCCUUUCCAACCGAAAAAGGAGAACCGGGCUGCAGUGGGACUUGAUGCUUCUGCAGUUGUGGAGUCAUUUGAGCUGGCUACAGAGCAGCGUGCACGGGACCGUGAGGAGUAUUAUCAGUAUUUUCGUGAGCAGGAGGCCAUCGCAGCUCUCGUAGAGGAGCAACGUCGGCAGGAGGAGGAAGAAAAAGAGAAACUGGAAAUCGCCCAAAUGCGCCAGCAACAAGUCCACAAAGCACAACCGAUUCGUCACUACAAGACCGUUGAGGUAAAGAAGAGUGAUGUUCCACUUACAGUCCCGAAGUCUCCCAACUUUUCAGUCCGCUUGUAA